CCGACGGGGGUGGGAUCGGAAUGGGAAGGAAAAGGAUGAAUCACAAUUCAGGUUCUAACAACCAAAACGGGUAUCAAGCAAGAAGGGAGGGGGAGGUGCACAGAUGAAGAAGAAAGAAAGCAGAUUGGAAGGAAAUGAAGAGGGAGGGGGAGGGCGCGGAAGUGGGAAAGGAUAAAAAAAGGCAGGACUAAGGAAGGAAAAAGGAAAAAGAAAAAAAAUAAGGGAAGAAGGAAAUGAAUCCAAGUCAAGAAAAAAAAGGAAGAGGAAGAGGAAGUGGAAGGGGAAAACGAGAAUGGGAUGAGGGAUCAACAAAACGGCGUUGGGUCUGUUGGCAGCACCAGCAGCAAAAAGCUUUAGACUGGAUUUGGGGAGGGGAGGAGGAGGAGAAGAGAAGGAAGAGAGAGGGAAAAGGAAGGGAAGAGCAAGAAAGAGAUGAUGAAAAGGGAAUGGAUGGAAUUCCUCUGGCCGAAUUCAGGCAAGCAACAGAGCCAGUCAGCGCCUCUUUUCAGCUGCUUUGGUGUGGAUGGAUGACUGACUUUUGGAGGGGCGGAGAGAGAGAGAGCAGCAGAAGAGCAGCCAAAGAGCUGAGCAACAAGUCAGUAGUCAAGAGUCAAGAAUCAGAAGUGGGAAUUUCCCUUUUCUUCACACCUUCUUUUCUUUCUCUCUCUUUUUUUCCCCAGGCACCGAUUUCAAAGGGACUCGACCUCGAGGAGCUACUACUAGUUAAGUUACCAGCUUAUACUGACAUACCGUUGGGGGAAAAUCAAGAUACACAUGCAUUCUGUUCAUAUUCUAUACCUAUUUAGAUCCAGUUGAGCACUAUUCUAAUAUUUACUGUAGACCUCAAUUUUCUU